CUUCCGAUGGCGGGUGCGGAUGACGGUCAAGGAUAAUUUACCGCAAGCGGUAAAAAAAGUAAAGGUUCUAUGACAACACCGGCUCGCAGAGAGGGAGGCCACCUCGGUUGUUACUGGUACGUUACUUUAGAGGUGGAAGUCGCGGAAAAAGAGAAAAGGCAGCCGUGUCAUUCAGCUGGCAUAGUUCUUGGUUAGCUAGCCAUAAGUUAGCACAGCUAAGAUAGCUACCUAAAGCUGUUUCCUGGGUGCUCUGUGGCAAGUGAGUAGCCAAGUGAGAUAGACAGCAUGAUGCGUUUUUGAAGUCUAUGCUAUCAUGACAUACAUUUCAUUCAUGAUCACUCACUUGUGUAAACGUCUUGCUGUCUGUGGAUAGCCGUCGUUAGCCAGCUAGCUAAUGUCAAAAGUGAACACCUAGUCAAAGUUAUGAGUAGUUUCCCAAAUAAGUCGCCUUUUAUCAGCCCUCCGCUGAGUCCAGGCGGCGGAAUUUCGUCCAUUAACAAUAACAACAGAGAGUGGGGUCUGGGAAACGAGAUGUUUGUCUGCUCCUAUGACGAGUCGUCAAUUGGCGCAGGGAUGCACGCGGUGCAGUCGGGUUUUGACAGACACCUGCCGCUACUCCAGAACAGUCACCCACUAACGUUAAACCAGCGUGAUAAGAUGCUGGACGAGUCUUACCCUCAUAACAGCGACGGGGGUUACUUUAACUACGGGACUACCAGCACCCUCAACUACAACAAAAACGACGGAAAUGUUCCCCCGCCGGAGAGCAGAAAAAGGCAUCGCUCCAACAGUUCCAGACAGCGCUUCGAAGUCGUCACCGAAUUGGGCCCGGAGGAGGUCCGGUGGUUCUACAAAGAGGACAAGAAAACCUGGAAGCCCUUCGUUGGGCACGACUCCUUAAAAAUCGAGGUAGCGUACCGUAAAUACUGUGAGUUGAAUCCUGGCAUAUUCAACCGGGCAUGUCCCGCGGGUACCGAAACACAGGACACGCAAGAAACAGCCACUGGCUCAGCAGUAUUGGACGGACCUCAGAAAGAAGUGCCAACGCAAACUGCGCCAAGAACUAUAGCGCAUGGCAGGAUAGAAUCUGUCGAGCGGUCCGAAUCAUCGGAAGAGAGAGACUUGGACAGUAUAAAUAUCAGCGUGGAAGCCGUCUGUGUGAGAGGGGGUCUCUACGAAGUGGAUGUCAGAGAGAAGGAGUGCUAUCCAGUCUACUGGAAUCGGCAGGACAGCAUCCCUGUGAUGCGCGGCCAGUGGUUCAUUGACGGCACGUGGCUACCAAUGGAGGAGGAGGAGAGCGACCUGAUCGAGACCGAGCACCUCGCACACUUCCGGGGGCAGCAGAUGCAGGACACCUUCGACUCCGACACGGACGUGGUGGCCAAGACCGUCGACAGCAAGGAUGUUCUCUCCCACCUGCCCCCGUUCUACCUCACGUUUCUGUUCAAAUGGAGAGGAUAUCAGACCAGCACUAAAACUACAUGUCACAAGCGCAAGCGUUGCCAAGCCAUCCACAGUGUGAAGCUGAGCAGGAGUCAUGUGGACUGGCACUGUGUGGACGAGGUGUACCUGUACAGCGACGCCACUACCUCAAAGAUCGCCCGCACCGUCACACAGAAGCUGGGCUUCUCCAAAGCCUCCAGCAGUGGUACUCGGCUGCAUCGGGGCUACGUGGAGGAGGCGUCUCUUGAGGACAAGCCCCCCCAGACCACGCACAUCGUCUUCGUCGUCCACGGCAUCGGCCAGAAGAUGGACCAGGGCCGCAUCAUCCGCAACACGGGCAUGAUGAGGGAAGCGGUGCGUAAGAUGGAGGAGAAGCACUUUGCGGAACACAUGGAGCAUGUGGAGUUUCUGCCUGUGGAGUGGCGCUCUAAACUAGCCCUGGACGGAGACACUGUGGAUUCCAUCACGCCUGAUAAAGUGCGAGGGCUCCGAGAUCUGCUCAACAGCAGUGCCAUGGACAUCAUGUACUACACCAGCCCCCUGUACAGGGACGAGAUCACCAAGGGCCUGACCCAAGAGCUGAACCGGCUCUACACGCUGUUCUGCUCGCGGAACCCCGAGUUCGAGGAGAAGGGCGGCAAGGUGUCGAUCGUGUCGCACUCGCUGGGCUGCGUGAUCGCCUACGACAUCAUGACGGGCUGGGACCCCGUGCGCUUCAUCCAGCAGGAGCAGCAGGAGCUGGAGCAGGUGGAGCUGCGCUGGACCAGCUACGAGGAGCGCCACCUACUGGAGCAGCUGCACAUCACACGCCAGAGGUUACGGGAGCUGGAGGAUAAGCUGCAGGGGUUAGAGGCCUCCAAACCUCUCGCCUCUCCUGCCCUGAUGUUCAAGGUGGAGAAUCUGUUCUGCAUGGGCUCUCCCCUGGCGGUGUUCCUGGCGCUGCGUGGCAUCAGGCCGGGCACCAGCGGCAUGCAGGAGCACAUCAUGCCCAAGAGCAUCUGCACCCGCCUCUUCAACGUCUUCCACCCCACCGACCCUGUGGCCUAUCGACUGGAGCCUCUCAUCCUGAAGCACUACAGCAACAUAGCACCCGUCCAGAUCCACUGGUGUAACACCACCAGCCCCACCCCUUAUGAUGAGAUGCGCAUCACCUUCCUCAACCCCACCAAGGACUCGGUGUCGGACACGGAGAGCAUCCCGAGCCCCAGCACCUCCCCGGUGAUGCCACGCCGCCACUACGGCGAGUCCAUCACCAACCUGGGCAAGGCGGGCAUCAUGGGGGCUGCCAGCAUCGGGAAGGGCAUCGGGGGCAUGAUCUUCUCGCGCUUCUCGCGCUCCAGCAGCCAGCCGGCGGGCGUGGGCACUGACAUCGGGCUCUCCGAGAGCGACGAGAAGGACCAGGAGCCCGACGCCAACCCGACCCAGAACCAGCCCCAGAACCAGCCCCCGACCCACACGCAGAGCCAGUCCGCCUACGGGCUCUCCACCAUGUCCCAGUCCACAUCCAACUCCACCAUCAUGGAUACUACAUUGGAGAUGGAGCAUCGCAUCGACUUCGAGCUGCGUGAGGGCAUGGUGGAGAGCCGCUAUUGGUCGGCGGUGACCUCGCACACAGCCUAUUGGUCAAACCUGGACGUGGCGCUCUUCCUACUCACGUUCAUCUACGAGCAGAGACAGUCCUCCGAGCCACCGGACGAGCCCAGCCACGAGUCCGCCUGAUGGGGAACACUGUGGACGGACGCACACACACACACACACACACACACACACACAUUGUGUGCGCACACAGAUGGAACUGUGGACCUAUUAACUCACUUACUCACCUAUUCCCCUUACACACAUACACACACAUUCACAAACAGACAGACACACACUAACAUAUAUGGCACUGUGGACACGCACACACACACACACACACACACACACACCGUAGUCUGUUCCAGGUCAUCCUGGUGUCCAUCUUGCUCCCUCCGUACACAGUAGCGUUGGACGGUCCAUUUUCGCUUUUCUUCCAGCACCACACGCUUCAGUCGUCUCUCUGUCCCAUGCAGGAUCAUUCAGCAGGUCAGAUGUUCAGAUGUCUUCUCUGACUCAGCUCGACCAGAAACACCAGCAUGGAGGAUGGUGGAUGUGUACUGGGCUCUGUGUUUGGAGAGGCGUUUACGACGGAUGUGUGUGUGUCUAAAGCGACGUCCUGGUCAAAAGCGUCUGGACCUUACAGAAAUGCAUGUUAGCAGAACUGUAUAUCAGCAACAAUGGACCUGAUGACAAAAAAAAUACACACUUGAAUGCACACACACACACACACACACACACACACACACACACACACACUCUCCUUUGAUGUCCUCCUAUCUCUUUUCCAUGUAUAAUCUUCCUGUGUCAGGGAGCGUGACCUCAUGUAGAACUCUGAGAUGGAGGAGAGAGAAGAUGGCCGAACCUGUGCAAAUCAAAACAAACUUCUGUUACCAUGCAAACAUACAAUGCAAAUGUCAAAGGGGUCAAAAGAUGUAUUUAUUUAUCUAGAAAUUAAUAUAUUUCCCUAAGGAACAGUCUUGCUCGGUUAAGCUUUUUUUUUUUUUUUUUGGCACCAUUUUGACUAAAGUGAGACUAAAAUGUUAGCAUAUUUUUACCUUUCAUAUUCCAGAUUAUUAUAGUGAACCUUGAUAUAAUCAAGCAUGAAGUAGCUGUCAAACAUCUCACCAAUGUUUAACAACGGAUGUCUUCAGAAUCUGCUCAAAAGCAAUGCCCUUUUUUGUUUUUUUACUGCACAAACAGAUGGUGCUGAGAUCUCAGCCUGCUGGCUGUUCAUGAAGUAGAUCUUCCUUAUCGUCUUCGUUUGUCUCGUUCGUUGUCAGCUCUAUCUGGCCGUUGUUCAGAUGGCACACUGGGCAUUUUGCUAACUCUCCCCUGCCUCGUUACAGUAGAUGACCGCUCUCUCUACCUGCAUGCACGUCUGAGACUAUAGUCUAAGUCUAUAUAGGGCUAUGGGACUUGUGUUCACGCUCACAAAAAAACAUCCAAAGCAGAAGCUAGCUGCAGUCCAGCUCGCCGGUCCUGCUCCUCUUCGGACCGGUCCGACGUGCUCCUUACAGCGGCACUUAACCCUCUGUGGGCCGCUCCGAUGGCGGCAUUUACAGCAUUUCCGGUUGCCAUGACAACAGUGUGGGUGGAAUCGGCAUCGGCGUGGGGCGUUUGGAGGUCGUAAUGGCUCCUCAGCCAGCUUUGACCAGCUCCCACCCUCCACCUUUACUCUUAAAUGGCACAGUGUGUGUGUGUGUGUAUUGGCACUAAAAUGUCACACUGUGUGUUUUCAUGGUUCAAGGAAAACAGUUGGGGUGUGUUUCUCAGAGACAGAAACACACCACUGGGAUUGAGUGCCGUCAGAGUUGUGAGGGACUCGCCAGAGCGGGGAACUUGGUCCGUCAUGCAACUGUAGCUUAUUCAGAAGCAGCCAACACUUUUGCUGAGGCCCACGCUAAAGAACUAGGCGUGAUUGGUCACUGAAUCGAAAUCACGCUGACCUCGAAAGGUCAUUGGAGAUCAGUCAGCGCCACUGGAAGACAUGUCGGAAAUUCAUGGUGUGGCUGGGUCAACACAUAGAGGGAGACGACCAAUACGUUGUCGCCAUUCUUCGUGCCAUUCUAGAGGACCAAUCAGAGAAGUUAGAUUUCAGGUGUUGGCAUGCGAUUGGACAGUGAAAACAGAGCGUUAUUAUAAUCACUGCACAAAAAACAAAGUCAGCCCUUGGUUACCACUGUUUACAUAAACACCCCAAAUCACUUAAACUGAAGAGAAUAUGUAUGUUUUGUAGUCGAGUCCAGUUUAAAAAUCUUACUGCAGCGUUAAAGUCUGUGCUUUCUCCUGGAGUUUUGACGUGUCAUCCAGAGGCCAAAUACUUUGCUGUUUCAUGUCCACGCCACUUUUCCCUGUCCGUUGCUCAGAGUGGAACACGGCGUGUUUUUGUUGUGGGGACGCACAGACCAACCCCCUCUCAAAUCUAGGGCUUCAGUGUUGUCGUCGUCGUCGUCGUCUAAGGACCUCUCAGGUGUCAAAAGAACUAAUAUGCAAAGACACUGGUAAGGGCUGUUAACGGUGGACGACUGGAUACAGAGAUAUGGAUUUAUGUUAACAUAGGUUACUGUUUGUUAGUGGUUUUUUUUUUUUUUUUUUUUGAUGUACAUGAAGAUGAUUUCACUGGAAGGGCAAGGGGAAAGUGAAAGAUCUGUUUCUUUUUAAGACUUUAUAAUGAAGAGACUCCUGUUCACAUGUAGAUUCGUUGAUCUGUUUUUUGUUUGUCAGUUGUUUGUUUGUUUGUUUUUUAAUUGAUGUGCUCAUCUCAUCCUUGUUCUGGAGAUAUGUUCCGAUCCAGACUCUGUGUAUCAUAUCAGAACCUGCUCCUGUUCUGUUCUGUUCUGUUCUGUUCUGUUCCCCUGCCCCCCUGUUCUGAUUCGGUUCCUCGUGUCUCUGUGGUACCUGAACCGACGUCUCGACUGCUUUGGGUCGCUGUUGCUGCUUGCAUGUUGAGUGUAUGUUGAGUGAUGGCUUACUUUGAUAUUACCAACUGGACCAGAAUGCCUUCCCGGGCCCACAGUUCCUAUUUCAGGCCCGACCCCAAGUAGCCGGUGACUCUGAAACGACUCCGACCCAGAUUUGACCCCCCCAAGCACUGAUCUAUAAAGAAUACCUGGAUAGAGCAUCUACGUCAAAAUUCUGAAGCCUACAUGGCGGCGGCCAUUAUGGGACCACUUGCCAUAGGAAUGCAUAGACAGUAAAAGACAGUAAAAGAAUGUUGCCGUUCUGCAACAAUGGAAUUGGAACACCACGCCGCCAUUAUGGGACCACUCGGGACAGUUCCAUUGGCUUCAUUGUUGAUGGGUCAGCAACAAUGAGAUAGUCUAUCCAGGUAUUCUUUAUAGAUCAGUGCCCCCAAGUCAAACACAAAUCUGGACGACUGGGUUGGACUCCAAGCCGGACCGGCCCGAACGUUCCCUCCGGGCCUGUUGCAGAGUGACCCGCUAUAUGGACACGUAGUGGACUCCAGUCCCUAUCAAGCACUUAGCGUGUGUUCUGACGUAGUCGUGCAGCUGUCGGCAAUAAGGGAUCGUGACGGACAAUGCAAGAACUUGCACAAGCUGAAUAGCGUAGCCUUGAAUUGCACAGAGAGGAAGCUUUAGAGGAGAGUAAUGGACCUUAACCCUCAUCGUCGAUUCGUCGUCGUCAUCAUUGUCUGGUCCUGUCCUUGUUUUUGUUACCAUUUACAGCGCCAUCGCAAUGACCAGGCAAUAGAGAUCAGUGAAUAGACGCCCUUGGCAUAAAUAUAUAUAUAUACGUAAUAAAAUAUUUUGUUCCAUUUCAAAAUGGCAUGCAAGUGACUUGUUAUAUUUUUAUACUAACGGUGAGAAUACUGUAGCAUAGCCAUAUAUCCCGCUGUAAGUACACUGAUGUCUAUGCCUCCCUCAAACACCCUUGCAUGCAGUGGUUGUUUGUCUGGCCGGGUAUGUUUAACUAGUUUGCGGCGAUGGCUAAACCUUUUUUCGAUUGGCUGUUAACUUGAUCCCCCUUUUAAGAGCUAUUAGAUCAGCCGUUGCUGUCAUGACUACAAGCACAUAAACAAACCUUAGGCCAUCCAUUUCCUGAAAUGCCUCAUACGUCAGAUGAUGACUUGGUCAAAACUGGACCUUAACGUCAGAGCGUUUCCACAAAAGAAAGAAAGAAAAAAAAGCUUUGUGUGAUUGUUUCUGAGGGCUUAUGACGUCAAAGAUGUUUGAUAAUCACAAACUUUGUGUUUUGUUUUUUUCUCUUCGUCUUUUUUCUAUGUUCCCUUCUUUCAGCGUUCUUCAAUGUUAGUUCGUCCUGUUUAGGGUGAGUGUCACCCUUUGUUAUGCUGUGCACAAUAUCUGCCCCUGUCUCUUCUGUUGUGCGUGUCAACAUGUAGCUGAUGUCCGAGGAUGAAUGGCGGGGGCUUUCGCUCUGACCUGCAAGAACCAGUGUGUGGACAGCAAAGAUUCUAGAGCUCUGUGUUCUAGAAUCUUUGGUGGACAGUGUCCAGCUGUGUUCUAGAAUGUGUCUGCGUUGAGAUUCCAUCUUAUGAUGUCAUUGCUGUUUCUUGUCCUUCUCAGAUGAAUGGAAGCUAAAAUCUUUUCUGAUGUUACUGUUACUUGGAUGUUUGGAUGGGAGAAGCUCGAAAAGGAGAUUGUGCAAUAAACAAUGGUGGCAAUGGAUCCGAACUGCCAUUCGAAACACUGUAUUGCUAACCUUUUAUUAAACAUCUCUCUCUUUUGGAUACA